AUGCCACUGCGAGUGAUACAAGAUGAAGUCAAGAGGAAAUGGAAUGUUGAAGUCAGCAUGAGUCAAAUGUAUAGGGGUAGGAAGAAGGCAGAAAAGAAGAUAUAUGGUGGUCUGGGUGAACAGUAUGCCAGGCUGUGGGAUUACUCCAUGAAGAAUGGGUUCUUGGAAGGUUGUAGGCCUGUCAUAGGCCUAAACGGGUGCUUUCUAAAAGGACCUUACAAGGGAAUGCUACUGGCUGCGAUUGGUCGAGAUGCCAACAACAACAUAUACCCAAUUGCAAUCGCCGUUGUAGAAUCUGAGACAAAAGACAGUUGGACCUGGUUCCUGGAGUGCCUUGUUUUAGAUCUUGGUCAUCAUGAGAGGCACACUGCUCCUACAUUCAUUUCUGAUCGGCAAAAGGUUAGUUAUGUUACUUGCAUAAUUUUACAUAUUACUUUUAGCUAUUUUUUUUUUCUACAUAUAAACUUACCCAUUUUGCACAUUGGAUUGAUGUUUGGUCUUGUGCCAAGUUUUGAUGUUGUUAUGCCAAUGGCGGAUCACCGAAUCUAUGUAAGGCAUUUAUAUGCCAACUUUCGAGAUAAAGGAUUUCGGGGGGUGGCCUUGAAGGAAUUGUUGUGGAAGGCAACAUCGUCAUAUACUGAGGUCGAGUUCAGAUUCAAGAUGGAAGAGAUGAAGAAAGUCAGUCCUAAUGCCUUUGACUACCUAGACAAGAUUGACCCCAGCGGAUGGUCGAGAGCAUGGUUCAGUGACUAUUCUAAAUGUGACCUCCUUGUCAACAAUAUAUGCGAGUGUUUCAACUCAUACAUCCUGAAGGCACGUGACAAGCCAAUUCUGACGAUGCUUGAGAUGAUUAGGAAGCAGCUCAUGAGAAGGUACCAACUUAAAAGAGAUGGAAUCAACAAAUUGAAGGGCAAGUUGUGCCCUAGAAUUGUUGAGAAGCUUGAGGCCAUUGGUGAGGCUGCAUCGGACUGCCUAUCCCGUUUUGCUGGUGAUGGCAUAUUUGAAGUAGAGCAGGGAAGAAGGCAAUAUGCUGUGGAUUUGAGGAGGAGAACAUGUGGUUGCAGACAGUGGGAGGUGACUGGGAUCCCAUGUGCACAUGCACAUUCUGCCAUAACAUUUCAUGGGCAUAAACCGAAGGAUUAUGUAGAUUCAUGUUAUAGCAUUGAGAUGUACAAGAAGGCUUAUGCUCCCAUCAUAUAUCCAAUGCCUAGUGAGGAACAGUGGGUAAAGACUGCGCAUGAUGUAUUGGAUCCGCCUAGAUCAAGAAAGAUGCCAGGCAGACCUCGAAAGGCCAGGGUAAGAGGUCCUGAUGAGUCGAGAGUUCCUCAGAAUCCUUAUAGAAUGAGAAAGUUUGGAUUGAAGGGUAGAUGUGGGAUUUGCAAGCUGGUUGGACACAAUAGCAGGACCUGUCCAAGGAAGAAGGACCAGCCCUCGACAGAAGUUGAUUUGCCUACUCCACCCCCAGCUAGUUUGCCCACUCCACCCCCAACAAGUGAAAAUCAUGUUGGACUUAGAGUGCCCUGCUGGAACAGGCACCCACCAGCACCUAGACCACCUCCACCUACUACAACGGUUGAGAGAGAUUUGCAAAAUCCUGUUGGACUUAGAGUGCCCAGCUAG